GUUGCAGUGAGCCAGAUCGCACAAGUACACUCCAGGCUGGGCAACAGAGCGAGACUCUGCCUAAAGAGAAAAAAAAAAGGAAGACUGCAGCAUGAAGAAACAGGCCUGGGAGGAUCUGGCAGCCUUGAGUGUGGAUGGGGGGAGUCAGCUCUGGAGUAGAGCCAGAGCUGUGAUGGGGUUGGGGGACCCUGUGUCCUUGGGCCAUGCUUCUCCGGCUCCUGGGCUCUGUGUGUGGCUGUGGAUUGGAGUGGGACAGGGCCGGUUGUGCGAGGGGUCAUUGCCCAACUCCAGGGGGCGCCUGCCACCUCUCAGCUCUCUAUAGGGAUACAUACAGUUCUUUCAACAGGUUCCCAGCAGGUAGGGGUUAUUAAAUCUUACUGAAGGGGUGUUUUUUCUCAUUCUCAACUCUGCGCUGCAAGCGUAGACAGUGUGGGAGACAGAUUCCAACUCCAGGUCUGGGGGGUAAGCAUCCAGUCCAGGGGUGUAGACAGGCCUGGGGAAGCCCCAGAGAUCUGUGCGUUCUCAUACCCAGGGCUAGUGACUCCAUGCUGGGUGUUGGGCUCACCCUCAGGUCUGAGACCUCCUGGGGCCAGCUGAUCUUGGUAAAUCCCUUUUGUCUAAGCUUCAGUUUUCUGCCUGUGAAUGGGGUUGGGGCUGUGCUCUGGUUUCAGUCUUGUGGCUCUGGGGUUGUGGUGACAAAGCCAUCAAGCUGCGUUGAAGGAUUAACCAGGAAACUUCAUACUGGCUGCCGUGUCUACGUCUUCCUCUCUCUGCUGCAUCAUGGGAAGCUGCUCUGCUCAGCCUAGAUUAGGCUCAGUUGUGUGUGCGCACGUGUGCUUGCACGUGUGUUGGAAGUGUGUGGUACUGACAGCAGAGUCAGUGUCUCUGGGUGAGUGAGGCUUGUACAUUUCUGGGGACUGGGAACUCACUACCUUUUGUGCCCAGGGCAAGAACUGUGGGGUCUGGAGAAGAAUUCUAGGCCAGCUCCCUUGCAGUCUUUCCUUGGGUGAGAUGGCUUCCCCAGAUCCACUUCCCCCUAGGUGCCCUCUCUGCAUUCAGCCAGUAGAGGGCUGACUGGGACAGAAUGCGACACACUCAGCAUGUGAGGAAAAGCCUCCUUCAUUCUGUAGGCCCUACCUCUGUUGACAUGACCUUGAUAAAGUGCCUCCUCUCCUCUCUCCCCUCUCUGGAACCCGCAGCUGCUGCCAGGCUUCUUCUGUGCCCCGUCUCAGGCAGCUCUCUGUCUCCUUACUUUCCCCAGCCCGGGGUUUUCCUUUUGGGGUCAGCUACAGGGGUCUGGACCAUCCUUUGCCCACUCAGACAUUCUUCGUGCCCACCUGCUGCUGUGAAUCCUGCAUGUCUCAUAUGCUCUCAGGCGUAGAGGAAACUGCUGAGCCGGCCAGGGCAGGGGACGGAGCCCUGUGACUCUCCACUUUAGACCCCUCCCAGCUGACUGCUGUGGAAUGCAGCCACUUAGCAGAGCCAAAUCCCCUGAGGUUCCUGUCUGCUGUCUAGCCUUCAGGGACAGGUCACGGGGCCUUGGUUCCUGCCCCGUCAUCUUCCCAGUCACCCUGAUCUUCAGGCGGAGAAACAGCCAGGGAAAAAAGGGCUUGGUCAUAGCACCUCCACCCUAGGGCUAUUGAGGAUCUCACAGUUGUGUGUCUGGUGGGUUCUGUCCAGAGCGCAUUUGAGAACAGUGGGUGACAGGACAGGCCUAUGUGACCCAGGCAGGCAGCAAUAUUGGGUCAGCCUUCAUGUCCGCUUCUGUCAGCUGGGGCAGCCUGGAAGGAUGAUUGUGGGGUAGGUGUUAUGGGAGUAGACCUCAGGUGGAGGCUGCAGGGGCUCUCUGGCACUGUAGGCACAGCAGGCCCAGGAACAGGGGAGGGAGCCAUGACUCAUGGAGCCUCUGGCCCAUAUCCUUGGCAGAUGAGAGCCACAGGGCAUGGGCAGCAGUAUCCAAGGUCCCGUGGGCUGGGCCCAUGGCUGUUCCUGGCUCAGAGUUCUUGGUGGGCUGGUUAGAAACAUGCAGUAACUUGGGGCAGUUACCAAGUGGCCAAGGCUGCACUGCUGGACUGUGUGAGCUUGGGCCAGCUCAGGCCCCCUCUGCGCCCUGCGUUUCUGGGCUGUUCAGGUGGUUCCUUGGGCCUGGGGUGCUAAUGUUUCUGGAUGGGCAGCAGAACCAGUCUGUACUCAGGGCCUGAGGCCAUGUUUCCAGAACACACCUUUGAUAUUCACAGCAGGGUGUGGUGAGGCCCCUUAGGCUGCAUUCCAGUCUGGCGCCAGGGACACCACUGCUCCACCAUCUCCAGAGGCAUCUCCCGGACACUGGCUGUGAGUUCAGAUGUUCUGAACAGGGACAGGGAGAGGCAGAGGGGAACCUAGCCUGGGGCUCACUGGAGGGGUUGUGGGUAGACAGUGCCCUUUGGAGGAAACUGAGCCUGGGAGGUGGAAACCCCGUUCCCCGGCUCGUAAUACCUCCUACCCAGGGCCCUCCCAGGGCUGCGUAAACUUUAGUCACCUGGUGACAGGCUGAGUUACCAUGCAGAGUCACCGUGCGCUUCCUUGCUGCUAUGAUGUCAGCCUCCCCAUCCUCCUGGCCAGGCUGGACCUCUGUUAGAGGCCUGCCUGUCCUGCACCCUGUGUAGACACCUUCCACUGUCCCCCAGGAUUGCUGGGCACCCCCUGGCUGGCCUCUUGUCCCCUCUGGGACUAGGUAAGCUUAUGGGUUCUCUGGCAGCUCCUGUUCCUUCCUUUCCUCUGCUCCUCCUCGGAGGUGCCCACCCCCAGGCCUGGACAGCAUGCACACAUUCUGGGAGGCGGGAAGGAGACCCUGGGCCUGUGUUUCUGAGGCCUGACUUUAGACUGUUCCCUGUUGGAGAGGGGCCAGGGAGUGUCUGAGGCUGGUCCUGACCCUGCUCCUUGCCCCGUGGAUGCAGCAGAGCCAUGAAGAAGUUAGUGGUGCUGGGUCUGCUGGCCGUUGUCCUGGUGCUGGUCAUUGUUGGCCUCUGUCUCUGGCUGCUGUCAGCCUCCAAGGAACCUGACAACCAUGUGUACGCCAGGGCUGCCGUGGCUGCAGAUGCCAAGCGCUGCUCGGAGAUUGGGAGGGACGCACUGCGGGACGAUGGCUCUGCGGUGGAUGCAGCCAUUGCAGCCCUGUUGUAUGUGGGGCUCAUGAACACCCACAGCAUGGGCAUCGGGGGCGGCCUGUUCUUCACCAUCUACAACAGCACCACGCGAAAAGCUGAGGUCAUCAACGCCUGUGAGGUGGCCCCCAGGCUGGCCUUUGCCGGCAUGUUCAAAAGCUCGGGGCAGUCCCAGAAGGGGGGACUGUCGGUGGCAGUGCCCAGAGAGAUCCGAGGCUUUGAGCUGGCGCACCAGUGGCGUGGGCGGCUGACCUGGGCUCGCCUCUUCCAGCCCAGCAUCCAGCUGGCCCGCCAGGGCUUCCCCGUGGGCAAGGGCUUGGGGGCAGCCCUGGAAAACAAGCGGACCGUCAUCGAGCAGCAGCCUGUCUUGUGUGAGGUGUUCUGCCGGGAUGGAAAAGUGCUUCGGGAGGGGGAGAGACUGACCCUGCCGCGGCUGGCUGACACCUACGAGACGCUGGCCAUCGAGGGCGCCCAGGCCUUCUACAACGGCAGCCUCACGGCCCAGAUUGUGAAGGACAUCCAGGCAGCCGGGGGCAUUGUGACAGCUGAGGAUGUGAACAACUACCGCGCUGAGCUGAUUGAGCACCCGCUGAACAUCAGCCUGGGAGACGCGGUGCUGUACAUGCCCAGCGCGCCGCUCAGCGGGCCCGCAGUGACUGCAGCCCUGGAGACCCGGCACCAUCACACCCAGAUCAUGUCCACCUUCAUCGCUGUGGUGCAAGGUCGCACGGCUGGUGGCUGGGCAGCUGCCUCGGACUCCAGGAAAGGCGGGGAGCCUGCUGGCUACUGAGUGCUCAGGGCAGAGAAGGCUGGCCAGCAAUCCAGGCACAAGAUACUCACCAGGACCGGGAAGGGGACUUUGGGGUCGUGCUUCCCCUGUGAGUGGCAGAGCAGCACGAUAAAUGAGGCUGCUGUGCCAGGCUCAAGGUGGCCUCCCUGGCCUGGCUCCCCACUCUCUGGGCCUCAGUGUAUUGUGUGUGAAAUGGAGCCAUCUGGCUGCGGAGGAAUGGAGAGGUGGGAUUCAGAGAUCUUCACACUGCAGGCGCUGGAACUAGCCUCAGUAUCUUCAUCAUGGGCAGAGCCAGGCCUGUGGCUGGGGGCCAAGGGCAGGUCCACCCCAAGCCCUGCCCCUCCCAGCCCUGAACCCAUCCUGGGACUUGGAGCCAGGCCCUCCCUUACUGGGGCUGGGUGGUGACAAUACCUAGGAUCAGCCACCAGGGGAUGCAGUGACCCUGGCGCUUUCUUAGGCAGAGAGUGACCAGCUGAUGCCCGGAACCAGGCACCUUCUCAGACGAGCCAGUGUCCGGCUCACCCUGCCAAAGACACAGGAGUUCAUGAAGCUGAUGUCCGAGGAGUGGGGAUUUGGCAAGAGGCUGGAGCAAAACAUCUUGGUCAGAGCCAAGCUCCUGGGGGGUUUCCAAGAGCAAGCCCAGAGUGAAACCCAAGCUUGUGACCCUCUCCGGAGGGAGGCCUGGUUCUCAGGGAACAGCAAACUGGAGGAGGUCUUCAGAUUCCAGGGAUCAGGGCUUGGACCAGCCGGAGGCACAGCCCAGAGGGAGUGGGUCUGGAAGGGAACAGCUAGACACAGCAGCCUUCACCAUCGGCAGCCCCUCCCGGCCUCCCUCGGGGCCUGCUCCCUCCUCCGGGCACAGUUCCAACACCUGGGGCAGGGAUCUGGGAAAGGCUGGUGGAGGUGGGCUGGUGGGGGGCGGUGAUCACAGCCCAGCACCUGGGUAUCAUCAGGGGCACUGGGGCCAGGAGCCAGGUGAAGCCAGGUUGGGGCUCUCCUCUAGAAGCCCCGAAAACCUGGUGAUACCAAAGGGCCCACAGACAUACUGGGUUUUGUGCCUGCGGAGUUGAGUACCACCGGGUCUAAGCCCUGGAGGGCUGUGUCCCUGGGGCUCCCCAGGGGUGAGAUGGAGGUGGGCUCAACUGGUGUACAUGUCACUCCUCAAUCCUUAUUUUAUUUAUUUUUUAAUUUUACUUAAACAAAUAGAGAUGGGGUCUCACUAUGUUGACCAGGCUGGACUUAAACUCCAGACUUCAAGCAGUCCUCCCAGCUUGGCCUCCAAAGUGCUAGGAUUACAGGGAUGAGCCACUGCACCCGGCCUCAAUCCUUAUUUUGGCCUGAGAGGAAAGGUCGUGGCGCCGUUUGCAGGGGAGAAGACUGAGGCUGGAGGGGCAGGCCUUGCUCUGGGUUGCACAGCAGCAAGAGAAGUGGGAGCUGGCCACGAGGCUUCCUGGACCCGACGCACUGGUGGGGUACACCCUGGUUCUACAAGUCCCGUGGGGCUCAGCCCAGGACUACCUUGGGGGGUGGGGAACUUAAAUCCUCUCCAUUCUCUUUGCCCCUUCCCCCAUCAUUUCCUGAGGAAGGACAUUCAGGGACCUCCCUGGCUGUGCCUCGGGCCAAAACCAGAAUGACACCCAUUCUUUUCCCUGGGCCUUUGCUCAGGCGGUCCCUGCACCCUGGCCUCUGCCUGACCAGGGUGGUGGGGAGAGGAGGGGGGACGUCCCCUCCACUGCUGUCUCCACUGUUCCUGCUGCCCUGGUCUCUGGGCUUCCAGGACUGCAGUGGGUGGGUGGGUGGGCUGGCCUGAGCCCAGGAAUGCAUUUCAGCUCCUGGUUGAGCAAAGUCACUGAGGCUUGGGAGUCGGGUAGGGGCGGGAAGAGGCGUCCACAGGCCCCCACCGCGAGAGGCAGCCGUGGAAACAGCCUGCCUGUAAACAAGCACUCAGGCCCAGGCUGACUAGAGGCUCUGGCUGGGACAUUGGGGCCUGGCAGGCUGUGUGGCCUGUAAGGGCACAGGCUGUCUCUGUGCCUCAGUUUCUCUGCUGCCCAGGUUGGGGGGCCCUGACUCCAGGUGUAGACAUCUGGAGCAGGCAGUGCUCAGCUGGGAAGGAAGUGGGGAGGACUGGAGGAGCCAUGUGGGAAGGAUUCCAGCCCACAUCACCUGCACCCCUGCUGAGCCUGGUCAACAGAGCCCCUCAGUGGGUCCUCACUCCCCUUGCUGUCUCGCAUUUAGACACCCUGAGGCCUGGGGAGAACAGGGCCAGGCCAGUGUCCCCAGAGAGGCUGCGCUGCCAGCACAGUAAUAGCGGAUUUGGAUUCAGGGAAGCAGACCCGCAGCCAGGGUGGGGAAGAGCUGCAGGCUGGGCGUGGCACCUAGGCGGCACAGCCUCCCUUCCUGGAGGCCCACGCUGCGUUUCCAGGACAGCAAGUCCCAGGGAUGGAUGGUCCCAGGUGCCAAGGGCUAGAGGCAUGGUCUGUCUGCAUUCCCCACAUGGACGUCUUGUAGUCACCAGCCUUUGAUGCUGUCAAGUCCCGCUGUCCUCUGUGCAGACCGGGAAGCCCUUGGUCACCCUGGGGGGUUAUGGGACCCAGGCCAGGCUGCAGAAGUGUAGGGACUUGAAUCCAAGCCCUAAGUGACACCACCUUGGGUCCCUCUCCCUCUGUCUCUGUUCAGCUCCACCUCGAUGCUGCCUGUGCUGGGCCAUGCAGAGCGGGUUAGGCGAUAGAGAUGGGAGCUGGGGAGUGGGGCUCCACUCUGGGAGGGGCAGCCUUGCUGGAUCCAGGGCAGAGAGUUGAGCAGCCCCAGCUCUCCUUUCCCUGAGCUGCCAGGAACCCCGGGAAUGGUGUGGAGAUUCCUGGGAGCCCUGCCCCCACCUGCAACCGCAGUGCAGCAGGCACCAAGUUCUCCUGCACAUUGGGACAGUGUGACCUUGGGCUCCAGUGAGUGGCAGGCAGGGCCUUGGUAUCUGCCAGCAGUGAGGGAGUUACCACAGCAGCUGGCUUCUCUAGGCAAGGAAAACUCCCCUCAGAUGCUUUGCUGCCUGGCCUCCUGCCAGGAACAAGCAGGAGCUGAAAACUAGAAGUUGAGGCGUGAGUUUGGCCACUCCAUAGUGUGCACUUGGGGAGGGCAGCAGCUCGCCACAGCUGCCAGCCGUCUGUCCAUUUACCCAUCUGUCCAUCUGGCAGCCCACUGUUCAGACCUGUCUGUCUGUGCCCCCAUUUUUAAGGCCAUCUCUGUCCCAUUGUCUAUCUGACCAUCCUUCUCUUACUGUUCUCUUUAUCUAGCUAUUUGGCCUGUCUGUUGAUCCAUCUUCGUGUCUGUCUGUGGCCCCACCUGUUUGUCCAUCUGUCCAAUUAUCUGUGAGUCUAUCUGUGUGUCUUCUUGUCCAUUCAUCUGCCCACCCAUCUGUCCCUCUGUCUGCCCACCAGCCUUCCCUCUCCUCCUGGGCAACAGAGCCAUGUCCUGGGACUGCAGGGCCUUGAUCAGCCUGGUCCUGCUGGGGCUGGGGCUGGCACUGGCUGUCAUUGUGCUGGCUGUGGUCCUCUCUCGACACUAGGCCUGCUGUGGCCCCCAGGCCUUUGCACACGCUGCUGUUGCUGCUGACUCGAAGGUCUGCUCGGAUAUUGGAUGGUGAUUGAGAGGUGGGAGGGAGCUGGGUGACCUUUGGCAGCCAGCCUCUCCUGGAGAAGGGGUGUGUGUGUGUGUAUGAGUGUGUGUGUGCGUGCAUGCACGUGCACUGGCCCAGGGAGCAGGAGCUGUGUGUGUGGGCUUCAGUGCCUGCAGGGCUUGGGCUCAAGGAGGCAGCCUCAGGGCCUUUGCACAGAACAGGUGGCAGGGUGUG